AGACAUUCUUCCACUUGAUUUGAUUCUCAAGUGACCAAUCUGGUCAGAUACUAAUACAUAGAUAGCGAGUUUUGUGUGCGUUAUUUUCUAUAAUGUCCCCUUCUUCGUAACUUCCGAGUACUAACUUCAAGAUCAUUCUUCAUGAAGUUUCAUUUCAUUCCGCUUUCCGAGUCCUAUUACUUCAGUAAUACGUACUCCUGAAACUCCUUGUUGUAUAUUUCUGAUAGCAGAUCCUACUAACUCCAAAUAGUGUUCAUGCCCUUGGGUAGGGUCGUUUACUCUUGACUCCUCCAGACUCCAAAUAAUAAAACCGGUAAAAGAUUUGACUUCUUUGAAAACCGUAUUCAAAGCUCUCAAUUGCGUUGCCAUUUCUUGACUAUGAACUUAUGAAAGCUUUUCUUUAGCUUCUUUUGGAUCCGAGCGGUUUGAGUUGAGAAAAUUACUCAUUAUAAUAUACGAGUAGAUCAAACUUUCCAACCACAACAGGAUUAAGUCUAGUCUUGCUUCGGGACCUUGAUGGAGUAUUCUGUGACUUGGAUUUUCUGUCUACCACAGACUUAACAACCGAAUGGCGUUGCUUGUGGCCACUUUCCAAUCCUUGUUUGUUUUUAAAGGCACACAUUAUUAUUAUUACUAUUAAUGGCUUUAUAAAUAUGCACUAAGAAAUGUUGAGAUAGAAAUUGUGUUUUUUGAAGUGAGUCGCAGGAUUUUAAGACAUCAACAGAAUACCUUGACAUCCGAACUCUGAAAGACUACGCAAACCCACACACUUUUAACUGACCUCUAGCACUUCAAAUGAGGAAUGUCCGCGUGAAUCUGACUACUCAAGGUUGUUGAAAUAAAAGAAGGUUGGAUUUAAUUGCAUGGGAUUGAAGUGGGCUUGAUAAAUUUCUUUGUUCUAUUUUGGAUUGAUUGGACUCAUUUUUAUCAAGUGUUGUGAACCAGUACAUUUUCAGUUACGGUUGUUGACUUCCUAACUACUGUUUACCAAGUUGAGUAAUGACAAUUUCGUCGAUAGUAGAGCAUAGUAGCCACAUAUGUAGCCGAUUUCAAGUCACGCCUAAUUCAUUCAGCUUUAAUCGUCAAUAUACCCAGAUCUAUUUGGCACGUCUUACUGCAGCCAAGGCAGUGUUGAAAACGUUGGCUGAACAGAGAUGGUCAACUUCAUCUACAAAAUCUGAGGCUUCGCAUUUCCCCGUUCGAACAUUAGCUGAGCUAAAUGGAGAUGAAAAAUGCAUAAUAAUCGGCACACUUUUCAAGGAAAUGCGUUUAAAACCUAGUGUACUACAUGAUAUUGCAGCCGUAGAAAUUGAAAAUGUUGAAUCAGACAUUCGCAUUUCUUCAACUGAUACUCACUCUUUGGUUCAUCUCACAUCGGACGAUGAUUUACUUUUUCUUGAAGAUGAAGUACAACGUAUUGCUUUGAGUUUUUGUAGCCAGACUUCAAAACUUUGGUCUCCAGCUAAUCUGGUUACAGGAGUUGUAGUUGCAGCUCUUGGUUACGAGCCUGAAUCUCAACCCGGUUCUUUCUACAUUGAAGACAUGUUAUUCUUAGAACCUCAACCUGAAAAACCUAUUCAUGUUCAAGAAAUUUCCCAUAUUGACGUUAACACAACAGAUUUUCGCAACUCUGGACCUUGGGUUGGUGUUGUUAGUGCCUUAGGUUUUGCAGGUAAUGGUCAAGUAAAACCGGGACAUUCAAUAGCUCUUCAACUUCUUGCCGAUUGGAUACGUUGUGCUGGAGACUUCCAUGGUUCAUCAGAGUUACACACUGACUCUGGUUUGAUACAUCUUCUGAUUUUGGGUGAUUCAAUUCAGGCAUCAAAAUCAAGUAUAGAUAAUGAUGGUGAUAAGUGCACUCCAGCUGUACGUCUUACACAGCGUGCUCGCUACUUAACUCGUAAUGCCGAUGCAGAAACUGUGACCGCUAUGGCUCGUUUUGAUCAGUGGUUAGCCAGUCUCCCUAUAGGAUCAGGUUGUAAAGAUAAUGGCACUGAUUUUAAUGGUAUAUCGAUAGAUUUGUUGCCGGGACCAUCUGAUCCUACUUCAGUCCUCAUGCCACAACAACCGAUUCAUUCAGCCGCCUUACCUUGUGCCGUUUCUCGUUCUGGUGGUGUUGGCAGUGGAAGUUUAUGUGGUCGAACAAAUCCUUAUAGUUUUAUGUUGAGAAAUCGAAAUAUUCUGGCUACUUCUGGUCAGGGUGUAAAUGAGUUAUAUAGAUAUACAAAAUUAGAGAAUGCUUGUGACAGGAUGGAAGCUACUUUACUGUGGGGUCACUUAGCUCCUACUUGUCCUGAUACUCUUGGAGGGUAUCCGAUGACCAAUGUCGAUCCACUUCUUCUCCGUUCAUCUUCCACUUCAUCUGCUCAAAACUUUAGUCCUGACUAUCCUGACAUAUACAUAGCUGGUUGUCAAUCUGAAGAUCAGCCAUCUUGGCGACGUGCUCGCUUAAAGUGGAGUGAGGAGAUAGAUAAAAAUAACUGUGGUUGCUUAUUGGUAUCUGUACCACGUUUUGAUUCGACUUUCUCUUUCGUACUUAUCAACUUAAAAUCACUUGAUUGUCGUGUAGUUCGCUUUGAUUCAAGUUUGUUAGAUGAAAAUUGAUGACAAGAGUAUAAAUAUAUCAUCUUACUUUUGUAUGAUUGUUAGCACUUUUUAGUAACCUAUGUGUGCUACUAACGCAAUAUUAGUGUGUUUUGCGAUGUUAAUUCCUUGCGGUCACCUGGAUAACUUUCCGAUAUAUGUUGAGAAUUUUUUAUGAGUAACCAAAACAUCCUACUGAGGCAACCUAUACUCUUUCGGUGGUUACCAAAUAUGUCGAUUUUUGCACAAACCAAAAAUUCCACUUAAAGAGAAGUUGAAAGACUUUGGAAUAAAUAUUGAAAGAUAAUGUCCUGUGACAUGACGACGUACUCAAUGAUUUGUGGCUGUACGGCAUCUGAUAUCAGAUUACUCACACUGAUAUGGUAAGCCAAUCAGAAAUAGCCAGAUGAGAAGGUCAAUCGAUGGUAAUACGAAGUGGCCUGAAGGACAAUUGCACUCCACUGGCUAAGAAGUGGAUUGGUUCCCUCGAUGGUAGAGUUGCAUUUGUAUAAAUGAGUAUUUGUGCAUUUAAUUCAGUAGCCCAAUUUGCCUUCUUGUCCACUCUUGAGUUUUCAUCUAA